AUGAUCUCGGGGUAUGUUCAAGUUGGUUUGCUUGAGCAGGCAAUGGAAGUGUUUGAGGAGAUGAGAACAGGAGGUCACAUGCCGAAUCAGGUAGCAUUUGUAACCACCUUAAAUGCAUGUGUGAGGCUAGGACGACUUGAUGAUGCUUGCCAGUUGUUUUCUCAAAUGGCUAAUCCAAAGAUUGUUGCGUGGAAUGUACUUAUAUCAGGGCAUGUCAAUGGUGGUCAUGAGAGGGAAGCUAUUGGACUUUUCCAAAGUUUGAUCAAAGCUGAUUUCAAACCAACACGUUCCACACUAGGAAGUGUUUUGAGUGCUAUUGCGUACUUAGCAAACUAUGAAUAUGGCUUUCAGGUUCAUGGUUUGGCAGUGAAGCUUGGGUUGGACUCUAAUGUUUAUGUAGGAAGUUCUUUGAUUAGUAUGUAG